AAGAGGUGUCAUGUGAUUUGAGAUGAGGCAAGGAGGGGGAAGAUGGCGGGGAACACCAGUAACUGGCUGUCCGGGGUGAAUGUGGUGCUGGUCAUGGCGUAUGGCAGCCUGGUCUUCGUCCUCUUGUUCAUCUUUGUGAAGCGACAGAUCAUGCGAUUUGCAAUGAAGUCUCGCAGAGGGCCGCACGUUCCAGUGGGACACAACGCCCCCAAGGAAUUGAAGGAAGAGAUCGAUAACCGCCUCUCCAAAGUGCAGGACAUCAAGUUCGAGCCACAGCUUCUGGAAGAGGGAGACGACCGCUUGCUUCAGCUGGAUACACCCGGUGCGGAAACAAGCUGCUACAACUAUCUGUACAGGAUGAAAACUCUGGAUGCUGUAAAAGAUUCAGGCAUUCCCUUCCAGGAGAACACAAAGUAUCCCAAAUCCCUGGUAGGAAAAAAUUUCCGAUCGUUCCUGUUGGAGCUGAGAAACGCCAGCUCACCCUACAAGGCCGUUCCCAAACCCCUACUGGACACCCUGCUGGACGGAUAUGACUCGGCCCGCUACGGCACAGGGGUGUACGGAAAAGCAGAACACGAAAAGUUCAUGGAGGCCCUGAGCGAGUUAUCAACCUUGGAGAAGACCAGGGUGUUGGGAAGCCAAAGGCAGCGUCAGUCCGCCGCCAAGGACCUCACCGCCUCUCUGGAACCUUCGUCAUCUCCCACCAGCCAGGUCACCUACCUGCCGUCUAGCCAGAAGAGCAAGAGGGCCAAGCACUUCCUGGAGCUGAAAAGUUUUAAGGACAAAUAUAACACUCUAGAAAGCACUUUGUGAUCCGAAGGGAUCUCGGACGAUCCGAUUGGCUGGCUCUUGUCUGCUGUUUUUAAAGGUCUCUGCAGCAUGUGGUGACUACUGGCACUUUCUUAUUCUGGUGUCUGAGGGGUAGC